CGUAGCUCGUGAACCUACACAGCUACUAUAUUCUACACAAAGAAAAGGCGCCCCUAUCAAUAGGAGCUGGUCAGCUAUUGAAUAGGAAACCUCCGUCCAUUUGUCCUGUGCCUGAGAAUCGAGGUUGUCUGGCUCCUGGCACCCCUUGACUGAGCGGAGUAGAUCCCCGCGUUCCUUUCGUUGUCCCCAACCACCUUGCAUUCCAUAUCUACGCAUCACAGGCACCAUCUGCACAGUCUCAUUUCUUCGAUUACCUUCGUUGUGACGUCUUGAGUCUUUAUCGAUCAACGGGUCUUCCCGCAUACCUUAUUUCUACCAGUUUUCGCUUUGUCAUUGACAAGCUCGUCUUGCGCUGGUCGUGAGCUCUGUUUUGGAGGAGUUUUUACAUCACUGUCGUGUAUUUCUACUGCUUUGGAGUGACAGGGUUCGAUGGGCAUCUUGUCGGGGCCACGAGCCUCCGGCCCGCACGGAACAAAUGCGACCUACAUUUUUGAAUAUUCCAGAGGACUGGGUGGUGUCGAUGUGCCUCUCGAUGUCCUCAUUACGCGGAUCAUAUACACCUCGUUGACCCUUGUGGCUGUCGUCGUCCUCUGUUGCCGUAUCGGCCAGAUGACCCUGGUAUAUGCCCGUUUACUGAGCUCGCUGACGGCCACCAGACGACAACAGACGUACUGGGGAGUCGAAGGGUCUAGACUAUGGGCAACCAUCAAGAAACACCUUCUAUAUGCGCCUCUGGGAAGCAAACGACACAACAGAGAGAUUCAACUCUCGAGCGCGGUCAACAUGGGGACCGUUCCGUCAAGAUUCCACGUCAUUUUGAUCACGUUGUAUGUCUCGAGUCAAAUCGCCUAUUGCGGUUUCCUGGACUACAAGGUCAACGAGAAAGCAGCCCUGAUCGCGGAACUUCGAGGAAGAUCUGGAAAUCUAGCAGUGUUGAAUAUGAUCCCCCUUUUCAUUCUUGCGUGUCGGAACAACCCACUGAUUCCGCUCCUCCAUGUGAGCUUCGAUACCUACAAUCUUCUACAUCGAUGGCUGGGCCGCAUUGUCGCGCUGGAAAGCAUCACACACACUGUGGCUUGGGCCAUAAAUGCAUGUGACGAACAGGAUUUUAAUGAUAUGUUGCACCGUCUGAGCACCACCCCUUUUUUUACCUGGGGUUUCUUGGGGACAUGUGCAAUGGCCUUCCUUCUUACCCAUUCUCCGUCCCCAAUCCGUCAUGCCUUUUACGAGACGUUCCUACAUCUUCAUCAGCUCGCUGCUUUAUUGGCGAUCCUCGGGGUCUACGUCCAUUUGAAACUGGACGAUCUUCGCCAGCGUCCAUGGAUCGAGGCUGUCGUUGGGAUCUGGGUCACUGAGCGCUGCACUAGACUGUUAAGGUUGUUGUAUCUUAACGUCUCCCGGAAGAAUGGCAGCACAAAGCUUGUUGUCGAAGCUCUUCCUGGGGAAGCUUGCCGUGUGACCUUCCAUCUACCGAAGCGUGUCCACGUUGAUCCAGGGAGUCAUGUUUACGCUUAUAUUCCAAGCAUCUCACUUUGGAUGUCUCAUCCGUUUUCUGUUGCAUGGGUAGAACCGUUCAGCUGUGUGACUCCACCGGCACUCCCGCCAGCUCUGCUCAACCGUGAGAAUAAUGGGAUGCUAAGUCCUUCGAGUAUCGAAAAGCAGUCCUUUAUUGAUCUUGAGGAGCCUUUCGAUACCCGCAAACAGCCGACAACGGUGUCAUUGAUCGUUGCAGCUCGAACUGGCAUGACUCGCAAACUCUACAACAAGGCCGCUGCUUCGCCGCUGAAAACACUUCGUAUUGCGGGAUACAUUGAAGGGCCUUACGCAUCCCACCCUUCCUCGUUGGGCAGCUAUGGAACUGUCGUCCUAUUCUCUGGAGGUGCUGGCAUUACCCAUCACAUGCUACACGUGCGCGACUUGAUAUUCCGUGCCUCAGAAGAGCGCGUGGCUACCAGACAGAUAUACUUGAUCUGGUCUGUCCGCAGUACAGAGAAUUUGGCAUGGGUGCGCCAAUACAUGGACUCGAUUCUGCAGAUGCCGAACCGCCGCGAGAUGCUCAUUAUCAAGCUCUUUGUGUCGAAGCCAAAAUGUAAUCGCGAAAUUAUUUCCCCUAGUGCAACUGUACAAAUGUUUGCUGGCCGGUGUCGACCUGAUGUGGUGUUGGAUGAAGUAGCAGCACGGCGUGUUGGCGCAACAGCAGUUUCAGUCUGCGGGCCUGGCGCCUUUGCAGACGAAGUCCGAGCAGCUACUCGCCGCAGAGUGGGACACGGGAUGGUGAUUGAUUUUGUCGAGGAGGCAUUCACAUGGUAGAUAUCUUUCCUCAGCUCAGCCCAUGGUGGCAGGUUUUGUAUUCUAGCUUCUUUUAACUUCCUCGUGAGGCACCAACAAAAAUAGAUCUGAUUCUGUUUACACACCCAAACACACAUAUAUAACCUUACUUUUCGCAUUAAAUCCUUUCAGAACAUGGAA